UGCUGCUGCGACGGCAACUGCGGCGAGCGGCGAGAGCGGGGUUGAGGUUGUACGUUGUUGCAGCGUUGUUGAAUGACGAUCGCGUGUGCGUUGUUGUCUCUUUAGUACUAUGCAGCACAGAUAGAUAGUGUUUAUUGCGAAGGGUGCGGAGAGCGUUUCGCGCAGGUAGACCUGUCGUUAAUGAGGAGGUGCGUUGGUGCGUGCGUGUAUACAUCUUGCGGAAAAAAUUGGGAUGGGCAACCAUGUGGGACGAAGUGUCAACAAUUCAAGUAAAAAGACGGGAGGUCCGGCUGUACCGAGCUCAGGAGAAAAUCGUUCCGGUAAAACCAUUUCAAGAAGCGCAUCGGGCAAUGACAUGGAGCACAAUUCCGUCGCAUCUUUUCUCCCAAUCGAGAAACUAACCAAGAUGUUGGCGGAACACGCGCACAAAGAGGAAUCCGUGAAUGGUAUAACUUUGGGAGUGAUAGAAAAAUACUUGUUCCCUCAUUAUCCGGAGUUGGCGGCAAGAAUAUUCAAGUAUCUUCACCAUUUGUCAAAAGCUACGACCCAACAUUUGGGACAAAGCGCGUUCGAGCAACAAGCAGAAAAAUUAUUAUCAAUAAUGAACGACGAAAUCAUAUUGGAGAGUUAUGUAAACAUGUACUCGGACAUGACGUCCGAGAGCGAAGUAACGCCCGAGAGCUUGAGAGAAUUAUUCAUGGUCUCUUACAAAAUAGCCAUCGACGACGAAUCGAGCACUUGUCCGUUCAUACAUAGCAGCAUUAACGCGGUCCUCGUUUCCUGCUUUCAUGGAAAGUCGAGCCUGUCUGUGGGUUACGUGAGUAAUUGGCUGAAGCAAAAUUGUCCGAGGAUAAUACACGGGCUUCAUCGUUACAUCGUUCACGUAUUAACUACGGCGUAUCGCAACGGUCCCGUACUAUUGUCUAGGGAAGAAUUGCAGCCUCGCAUGGAGCCGGUGACUCCUGUCGUUGAGAAGAGCCUAUUUACCGAUCAACAAGCCGCACCCCUUUUACCUAUGAGCCACGUUUGGCUGCUGGCUACGAGUUUGCCGCUCUGUUACACACAAGUUGAAGACACACCGGGAGAUGGGACCCGAGCUCUCAUCGUUAAAAUGUCGGGGAAUCCGUGUCCGAGUCAUUGGACACUUUUGUAUAAUAGCGAGCAACACGGAACGGGAGCUAAUCGUUUUUUACAUCACGUACUCGGCUACCGGGGUCCCACGUUGUUGUUCGUACGAGCGGUAAGCCCGAAUGAAAAUGAGACAAAUCCAAUUUAUUGCGUUUGCGCCUCGGUCGAGUGGCGAGAGACGCAUUUAUAUUGGGGCAACGAAGAUUCGAUGAUAAUCGAGCUACAGCCCUCUUACAAAGUUAUUGAGAGAGGAGCCAAACUCGUGUACUUAAAUACCGGAAUAAGGGGAUACCCGUUGGGCCUCAGAGCCGGGAGUAAUCCAAGAAAUCCAUCGGUCAACAUCGACGAGUCUUUUUCGAGCGUCAGCUUCGGUGGCGUUACUCAUCGUAUCGCUAGCCUCGAGGUUUGGGGAUGCGGCGAUAGAAAAUCAAGGGAAAAACAACUGGAGAUUAAAAAGUGGCAAGUUAAAGAAGCGGAGAAGCAACGAGUGGUCAAGCUGAGUACUUCCGAUUGGCUCGAUCAUCCCGAUCGCUAUCUCCUCGAACUCGCUGGGAGACCGUCCUACAAUAAUGAGGGAAGUUAGCCAGGCCUUUUACUUACUAAUUUCAACUUUGUGCAUAUGUACAUAAACGUAAAGCUAAACGAAACGAAUUAUUAUCUUGGAAGCAGUAUCGCAAAGUCCGAAAUAUAAAUUAAAUUGUUACCAAUUGUCAA